AUGACUACGAAGGAAGUGCCAAUUCCGGGCCCCAAGGGGGUUCCCUUUCUAGGCAACAUUUAUGAUAUUGAAAAAGAUGUCCCAUUGAAUAGUAUACAUUUGAUGGCUGAUAACUAUGGCCCGAUCUAUCGACUCACCACGUUUGGCCAAUCGCGCGUAUUGGUCAGUUCCCACGAAUUAGUCGAUGAAGUUUGUAACGAAGAGCGAUUCAGCAAGAAAGUUGCGGGCGGAUUGAAGGAGAUUCGAAAUGGGGUGCACGAUGGCCUUUUCACAGCCAACUGGCCAGGAGAGGAAAACUGGGCAGUUGCACACCGCGUGCUUGUUCCUGCAUUUGGACCAUUGGCGAUUCGGGGAAUGUUUGAUGAGAUGUACGAUAUUGCGACACAGCUGGUUAUGAAAUGGGCACGCCAGGGCCCGAAUGCCUCCAUUACGGUCACGGAGGAUUUUACUCGCUUGACCCUGGACACGAUUGCACUUUGUGCGAUGGGCACACGCUUCAACUCAUUUUAUCAUGAUGAAAUGCACCCGUUUGUUGAGGCGAUGGUUGGUUUACUCUCUGGAUCCGGGACUCGGGCGCAACGUCCCACUCUUCUCAAUAACUUGCCAACUAGCGAGAAUGCUAAAUACUGGGCGGAUAUCGAGUAUUUGAGGAAUCUGGCGCAGGAGCUUGUGGAUACUCGAAAGAAUAAUCCGGAGGACAAAAAGGAUCUGCUCAAUGCGAUGAUUCUCGGUCGCGACAGUCAAACCGGGCGAGGUCUCACCGAUGACUCGAUUGUUGAUAACAUGAUCACAUUUUUGAUUGCUGGUCACGAAACCACAUCCGGGAUGUUGUCGUUUCUGUUUUACUAUUUACUGAAAACCCCACAUGCGUAUAAAAAGGCCCAAGAAGAGGUUGAUCGGGUUAUCGGAAAACGAAAAAUCACAGUUGAUGACAUGUCUAAGCUUCCUUACAUCAAUGCCGUCAUGCGUGAGACACUGCGCUUAAGACCAACAGCACCUACCUUCGGUCUUCACGCACACCCGGUCAAGAACAAGGAGAAUCCCGUAACUCUCGGAGGAGGAAAGUACGUCCUGCAAGAAGACGAAACAAUUCUAGUCCUCGCUGGAAAGAUGCAUCUGGACCCGAAGGUAUAUGGCGCUGAUGCGGAAGAGUUCCGACCAGAGCGAAUGCUGGAUGAAAAUUUCGAGAAACUCCCCAAGAACGCUUGGAAACCAUUUGGAAACGGGAUGCGUGGCUGUAUAGGACGACCUUUCGCUUGGCAAGAGGCUCAGCUGGUGGUAGCGAUUCUGCUACAGAACUUCAAUUUCCAGAUGGCGAACCCAAGUUAUGAUCUGCGUAUCAAGCAGACACUUACUGUCAAGCCAAAGGACUUUGCAAUGAAGGCAUCUCUCCGUGAGGGUCUUGAUCCGACAAAGCUGAGUAUCACGUUGAGUGGUACCCCGAGCGGAACUAAGGAUUCUGAUCUGAGUGGUCGCGAGAGGAAGCAGAAGGUUGUUGUGCCAGAGGGAAAAUUCAAGCCGAUGCAUAUCUUCUAUGGAAGUAACACGGGUACUUGUGAGGCCUUUGCGCGCAGAUUGGCGGAUGAUGCUGUUGGGUAUGGGUUCUCGGCAUCAGCCGACUCAUUGGACUCUGCAUUGCAGAAUAUCCCCAAGAGUGAUCCUGUGGUGUUUAUAACAGCUUCUUAUGAGGGACAACCACCUGAUAACGCUGCUCACUUCUUUGAGUGGCUUAACGAGCUCAAGGGCAAUGACUUGGAGGGAGUUAACUAUGCUGUCUUUGGUUGCGGCCAUCAUGACUGGGCCUCAACCUUUCACCGAGUACCUAAAGCUGUUAACGAACUCGUUCAGCAAAAUGGAGGAACAAGGCUCUGCGAGCUUGGACUUGCUGACGCGGCUCACUCCGAUAUGUUCACUGAUUUCGAUACCUGGGGUGAGGCGACAUUCUGGCCAGCAAUCACUGCCAAAUUUGGUGGGGGCGAGAACAAAGACAAGAAAUCCAGAUCAUCUCUUCAAGUUGAUGUGAGCCCAGGAGGUCGUGCCUCAACGCUGGGUCUUCAACUGGAAGAAGGCUACGUUGUUGAGAACCAGCUAUUGACGCAACCCGGCGUCCCAAUCAAGAGAAUGGUCAACUUCAAAUUACCAACUGACAUGUCUUAUAAUUGCGGUGAUUAUCUUGCUGUCCUUCCUGUCAAUCCAAGCCAGGUCGUGCGUCGCGCCAUUCGCCGUUUUGACCUGCCUUGGGACGCUACACUGCGGAUUCAAAAGACAUCAAAGAGCACAGCUCCUCCCUCAAUUCCACUCGACACGCCCAUCUCAGCAUUUGAACUUCUCUCUACCUAUGUCGAGCUCUCACAGCCCGCAUCAAAGCGUGACUUGAAUCUCCUAGCCGAUGCAGCCGUGGAGGACGAGGAGACUCAAGCAGAACUGCGCUAUAUCGCUUUCAGCCCAAGUCGAUUCACAUCAGAGAUUGUGUCCAAACAUGUUAGUCCCUUGGAUCUACUGAUGCGCUACCCAGGCAUUCAUUUGUCUCUCGGAGAUUUCCUCGCCAUGCUCCCGCCUAUGCGCGUGCGACAAUACUCUAUCUCAUCGUCACCUUUAUCCGAUCCAUCGGAGUGUACCAUCACCUUCGGUGUUCUCAACGCACCCGCUUUAUCAGCUAUCCCCGGAUCUGGAAGUCAAGAAACAGAACAAUACAUGGGAGUCGCAUCCAACUACCUUUCCGAACUUCAAAUCGGAGAGCGUGCCCACAUCUCUGUUCGACCCUCACACACGGGAUUCAGGCCUCCGGCUGAUCUUCAGAAACCCAUGAUCAUGGCUUGUGCCGGUAGUGGACUUGCUCCAUUCCGUGGCUUUGUCAUGGAUCGUGCGGAGAAAAUUCGUGGUCGUCGAAGCUCACUUUCGACAGAAGAUAUUGCUCAAAGUGAGCAACCUGCUAAGGCCAUUCUGUAUGCUGGUUGUCGUACGAAGGGACUGGAUGAUAUCCAUGCAGCCGAGCUAGCUGAAUGGGCGAAGCUUGGUGCUGUCGAUAUUCGCUGGGCAUACAGUCGUCCUUCCGAUGGGGAAAAGGGUAAUUAUGUGCAAGACUUGAUGCGGGGAGACAGUCGGGAACUGAUUGACCUGUUCGAGAGCGGCGCAAAUAUUUAUGUGUGUGGAAGCACUGAUGUUGGAGGUGCUGUAAGGGAUGUCUGCAAGGAGAUCUUCCUACAGAGACGUUCUGAGAGAAUCGCUCGUGCUAAGGAGACUGGAGAGGAGUUGGAGAUUAGUGCUGAUCUUGAUGAUGCUACCGCGGCAGACAUAUUCUUUGAUCGGAUCCGGACUAAGGAGCGUUAUGCUACGGAUGUCUUUACCUAG